UUUCCAUCGGGUGAACCUGCCUUCUGCGGCUUCAACAACGGUAGGCCAGAGAGGUAUGUUGGUGAUCCUGCUAGAGCGUCGCUACCUUAUUGAUCCAAGAACACCACAUACCUAUGGUCGCUGUGGAGGCACCCGGUCAGAGUCAACGUCAAACCUCAUGCUGUGCGUCCCGUUCGACUCUUCCUGCUGUGAUCCUCUCUUGCUCCCUGGUGUAGGCACAUGUAGGUGUCUUGCUUGUGCUCAGUCUCGGACCAUGGCAUCUUCUGUCCUCACGUCGCUCUCUAGGUCCUUGCUUGCAGUCUCGCAAUAAUUAAUAAUAAUCUCAGGUAUGUCUUCCAUAGAGCGGAGAUGCACCGGAAGAAGUUGAAGCCGAAAGUCGCCAGUCCGAGCUCGGCCAUUGCAUUGCGACAUUCAGCCAAUGAUGACAACGCUUCCAACGCUGACCUGCAUUGCCUCUUGCCUCCUCGAGAACCACAAAACCCGACGUCAACGUCAAUCACUCCACCUCCAACACCAGUCGUCUAUCUGAAGGAAAACACUCUGUUGCGCGCGCAACUGUCAUCGUCGCUCACCUCGAUCGCUGCUCCCUCCACAACCUGAUCUGCCCGCCAGCCCUCGCGUUCACGCAGUCGACAUUUGGAAUCGUACUCAGCCGCGGCUAGAAUCGCAGGUGGAACAUAAGAGGGGCAUCUCUCACGAAGACUCAGCAAGAACCACCAAACGACGGCCGAAUCACACACUCACCUCACUCGCACACCGCCACCAUGUCAUUCUCCAACCUCGUCAACGAUCUCUCGCGCCGCGAACGACCAAACUCCGACCACACGAUCAGAACACACAGCACACAAGAUGCCCGCUCCACCUACUCCCGAGCCCGAUCUUACGCCUCGACCGCGGCGACGAGUGUGAGCAUCAGCGGCGAUAUCUCGAGCCAGCUCCACGGCGGCUACUCACACCCAUUGGCAAGAGCAUGGCAGGCGGAGCGACAGUUGACCAAGAGCAUGCUCAUCUACCCAUUGUUCAUCACAGACGACGCAGAUGAGAUGACGAGCAUUGCCAGCUUGCCAAAUCAGAAGCGCAUGGGCUUGAACAGAUUGGAAUCAUUCCUACAGCCACUUGUCGCCAAAGGAUUGAAGAGCGUCAUCUUGUUCGGUGUACCUCUCAUACCGACGGCAAAGGACGCGCUGGGUACAGCGGCAGAUGACCCGCAAGGUCCCGUCAUUUCUGCAAUCCGCUUGAUCAAGCGAGCGUUUCCCCAACUGUUCAUCACCGCGGACGUGUGCCUGUGCGAGUACACCACACACGGACACUGCGGUAUUCUGCACGAGGAUGGCACCCUCAACAACGCUCUGUCGGUCGAUCGUGUCUCUGAUGUGGCAAUGGCAUACGCAGAAGCCGGCGCCCAUUGCGUAGCACCCUCCGACAUGAACGAUGGCCGCAUCCGCGCCAUCAAGCUGAAGCUCAUCGAGGCCGGCAUGGCACACCGAGUAGUUCUCAUGUCCUACUCGGCCAAAUUCAGCGGAUGCCUAUACGGACCAUUCCGCGACGCAGCAGGCUCAUGUCCCAGCUUCGGCGACAGAAGAUGUUACCAACUCCCACCGGGCGGACGAGGACUCGCUAGGCGGGCCAUUGAGCGGGAUAUCAGCGAGGGAGCAGAUAUCAUCAUGGUGAAGCCCGCAACGCUGUACCUCGACAUCAUCUCCGACGCCAAAGAAAUCGGCAGAAACAUGCCCGUCGCGGCCUACCAUGUGAGCGGAGAGUAUGCGAUGAUUCACGCGGCUGCCAAAGCUGGUGUGUUUGAUCUCAAGACUAUGGCAUUCGAGGCUACAGAGGGCAUUUUGCGAGCGGGCGCAACGAUUGUCGUGUCGUACUUUACGCCGGAGUUUCUGGACUGGCUGGAGACGUGAUAACGGAAGACGUUGUUGUUGUUGAUGUCUUUUCUUCUUCUUUUCCAUUACUGCAGGAGUUGAGAGACAUGAGAUGACUCUUCCUUACCUGUAACUUUUUUUUCCUUUUCAUUACUCAGGAGUUGAGAGACAUGAGAUGACUCUUUCUACCUGAUACAUAUAUACAGCGUGCAAAAUAC